CCUCACUCUCCUAUUAUUGUCUAGAAGCCUCCAUUCCCCACAACCCCAUCUCUCCCUCUCUCUCUCUCUCUCUCUCUCCCCCUUUCUCUCUCACACUCAUCUUGAUUUCUAAGUUCCCACUGACCCUUUAAGGAACUGUUUGGUUUCUCAAAUAUUUCCCAUCAUCUUGCUUCAAUCAUGGCUGUUCUAGUGUAUUUUGUGCUUUUCCUGGCCAUGACUGGCCAUUCAAGUGCUGCUGUCUAUUGUGUGUGUAAAGAUGGGUUGAGUGACCAAGCUCUUCAGAAAACCUUGGAUUAUGCCUGUGGAGCUGGAGCUGACUGCUCCCCAAUUAUUCAAAAUGGGGCUUGUUACAACCCCAACACUGUGAAGGAUCACUGUAGUUAUGCUGUUAACAGCUAUUUCCAGAAGAAGGGUCAAGCUUCUGGGAGCUGUGAUUUUGCAGGAACUGCCACCCAAAGUCAGACUAACCCUUCCAGCGUUUCAACUUGUGUUUAUCCUACAAGUGCAAGCUCUACAGGAAGCAGCACAACUCCAUCCACAACCACACCAUCCACGACCACACCUUCCACGACCACACCUUCCACAACCACACCCUCAACCACGACUCCAAGCAGCACCACCAGUCCCUCAGUGUUUGGCCUAGGCCCCUCAGGAAGUGGUGGCAUCACCAGCACGGACUCCAGUGCUGCAGUGGCUCCCCUUCACUGCACUGACUUGUUCUUUUCUGCAGCUCUAACCCUCUGGCUCUCAGGCCUAGUGUUGUUGUGGGGCUGAUGGAUUUACACAUGGGGAAACUGGGGUGAAAUUGGUGGUGGGGUUUUAUCUUUUGGAUGUGUGGAUGAGAUUUUACCACGUACAGGGUUGUAAUUUCUACGGUGGGUGGAGCGAGGGAAUCAUCUAGGGACAUACCCCACUAUGGUUUUUGUUUCCUUCCUCAUAUGUUAAAAAAGCUGGGAAUUUGAUUCCGUUUGAGUGGUGAUGUAGAACCUGAUCUCUUUAGAUUUUUCUUCUCUUUUUGUAUAUCUAGAAGAAAGAGAGGCGGUAUUUUUUAAAUUGGAUGAGAAUUUGGCUACCCAUCUACCUUUCUUGUUAUGGCUCACCGGCCUUUAUUAUAUUACUAUCCAUCUGAAUUCGUUGUGUC